AUGAAGUUCUUAUCAAGUGCCGCUGCGCUUCUCGUCUGCCUCGCCCCCGUCUCCACCACAGCUCGAAGCGUCGACUUCUUCAAGUCAUCUCAAUCCCCUAUCAUCCAAGAACAAGGCAAACCCGUCGCAGGGAAUAACCCUCUGCAGUAUUGUGACGACCCAGCGGACGAUAUCCUAGAUAUUAAACAGGUGGACUUGUCACCUAACCCACCUCUUCCUGGCAAAACACUUGUCAUCACGGCCUCGGGCACCUUGCAUGAAAAGAUCGAGGAUGGUGCUUAUGUGCUUUUGGAGGUCAAAUAUGGCUUGAUUACUCUUCUCAGGCAGACAGCCAACCUCUGCGAACAACUCGUCAAUGUAGACCUUAAAUGUCCUCUGGGCCCAGGUGACAUGACCUUGACCAAGCAGGUUGACUUGCCAAAGCAGAUUCCUCCGGGCAAAUACACUGUCCAGGCCGAUGUCUACACUAAGGAUAAUGAGCGUAUCACUUGCCUGAAGGCCCUUAAUAUUGAAUUCAAGGGUCACUUCUGA